GAAUAUUUUAUGUCUGACUGUGUUACUUUUAGCAAACUUUACUAAUUGUGUUUUAAUUAUUCACUCUGAAUACUUUGUAAUUUGCAGAGUAGAUAGUCCAGUUUUAGUCUUAUGUUUCUAAUCUGUGUUUUGUGGUGUUAGUAAUUCGGUUCUCAUAUGAAUUAUUGUAUACGAGCAAUGUCCGGAAUAGUUCAGUAUUUCGCCGGUGAAGAUGAUAACGGGCACCGAUGUGGAUACUGCCGUGGAUCUGUUUCAAAUUUCAACAAAGGUAUGUGGGCGUACGUUCUUACACCGCAGCACUACCAAGACCUUAUCGAUCGUGGUUGGAGACGAUCUGGGAAAUACUGCUAUAAGCCCUGUAUGAAAAAGACUUGUUGCCCUCAGUACACAAUCAGGUGCGACGCGUUAUCGUUCAAGCCAACAAAAUCACAAAAGAAAGUGAUUAAAAAAAUGCAUCGCUUUCUGAUGAAUGGGCGACAAGACACAGGAAAAAACGUCGGUGAUGCAAACGAAGCUUUUGAAGGUUCUCGCGUGUCCGGCGGAGAUCCGAAAGGUGACACUGAUAAUGCUCAAUUUGAUGGUGACUACAGGGAUUUGGAAGAACCCCAAAUGAGCGGACGGGGUGUCGGUAGAAUCAACGACAAAAUAAAAUACGACACGGAAAUCAUUGAUAGUCGUAUGGCAGAUCGGAUGGAAGAGUCGAAACAAAGUCGGCCCGUUUGUUUAUCUCAACCAGAGAUAAAUACAGGAAAUAUGUCGAAAACACCUAGCAGGCGAGGUCCGAGUCUAAAGAAAAAGGACCUACGAAGGCAGAAGAGGGCUGAAAAGCGGAAGGCGGGUGAUCCCUCUACUAACGUAGAAAGCUCGCAACCCAAAAAUCGUGAAAAGACGCUCGAUGAAUGGCUGACGUUACCACAUGGCAAACAUAAACUGGAAAUUCGCCUGGUACGAACAGCUCCAUACAGCCAAGAGGCGAAGACUUCAGAUGAGGCUAGUCAUCUCGUUUACACUCUUUAUCAGAUGAAGGUCCACGAUUCCACUCAAGAAAAAUGCCGAAAGUCGGACUGGAAGCAAUUUCUUAUCGACAGCCCCCUAUUACCGGGUGCAAAUCAUCUGCUGGGUUCGUUUCAUCAACAGUAUUGGCUGGAUGGGCGUUUGAUCGCUGUCGGGAUUUUGGAUCUUCUUCCAUCAUGUGUUUCGUCAGUUUACUUUUAUUAUGAUCCAGAGUUUUCGUUUCUCUCGUUGGGUACAUUUUCAUCGCUAUGUGAAAUCAAGCUAACGCGUGAUUUGAAUCAGACGCUACCGACACUCAGAUAUUACUACAUGGGGUUCUAUAUUCACAGUUGUCCCAAAAUGCGCUACAAGGGGAGGUUACCCAAUUCUGACCUGUUAUGCCCUGAAACAUAUACAUGGCAUCCGAUUGCUCGCUGUCUUCCUAUGCUGGAAACAAGCAAGUACGCGAGAUUCGAACCAAAUAAGACUCUGAGAGACCCGUUAAUCCCAUCUUCGAUAACGCAGACUUCUAUACUUUACGAACAAACCGGGAUGACUGUAACCGAGUAUUUUAAGCGCAAAAAAGUUAGUCAUCGCGAACAUCAGCAGAUCAAAGAGUACUGCGAGCUCGUAGGGUCAAAGUUAAUGAAAGAACUUUACCUUCUUCGAUUACCUACGGACUAGAUAUAUUAUGCAUUUUAAGAAUUAUCGAAAUUUUCAAGUCCUACACUUGUGCACUGGGAUGUAGUCAGCAGUUAAAAAGAUUUUCGGUCAUUGGACGACCAUCGGCCUAUAUUGCCUCAUCGCUUCAGGCUUUGGAGUCGCUUGGACGUCACCGCCAUGGAAACCGUGAGAUGGGCGCGUGAAACGGAUUAAUAGUUAACUACGGACUAUAUAAUAAGCUAGGAUUGGAUAUUAGGCUACGCCUAUUUGCGGGUGGUUACACCGUAAGCUACUCCAGUUAUUAGCUUAUACAAUAAAUUCAAAAAUGUUA